AUGGCUCCCAACAACCCUCAGCUUCAUCAUGUUGUUGUGUUCAACAACAAAGGAUUCCGCAACCCUGCUACCUAUGCUACGUACCUCAAUCGGUUUCGUGAUAGACCCAUCUAUCCAUCUCUCUCCAUUCAGUCGUCUACCUUCAACAAGUAUGACAUGGACCUCCCUUUUCUCAUACGCAAUCUGGGAUGGGAGUCCAUGUUUGAACAUCAAAGGUUCAGCCAUUGUCCUGAAGCUGUCAGGUUGUUCUAUGUCAACAUCAAACGAGGGCGUGGUGUUGAACCCUCCUUGUUUACCACUAAGGUAUUCAAUCACGAGAUCACGAUCACCCCUGCUCUCCUUGCUAGUUUCCUUUCUCUUCCUCACUCAGGACAUCAAACUGGUUUUAAUGGUGAGUUUGAAGAUCUUGGGUUCGAUUAUCACAUGGCCCUGAAUGUCUUUACUCGUGACACUGGUCGUCACUACCCCAACAUGCUUUCAGCCGGACGGCUACCAAAUGAUCUUAAGGUCUUCCACUUCUUCAUUACCCGUUGUUUCCUUCCUCGUGACCUUUCUAGUGCUGAGUUCCUUCACCCAUCCGAUCUUUGGAUCAUCUCUAAUGCAAAAGCAGGCAAGCGUAUUAGCUAUGCUUCCCUGGUCUUUGCUCAUAUGCUCUGCUUUGGUGAUGGCAGUUACAAUGGGAAACUUCCCUUUGGUCCUAUUAUCACCCGCCUUCUUCAUAGGCUGGGCAUUGACUUGCGAGACAAGGUUACGGUCUGCGAUGUACUUGAUGAUAUCUGCCCAAAUCACAUCCUUAAUCAUCUGGAUAUGGAUGUGGGCCGCCGUAAGCCUGUCGCCGGCUCAGGGGGGAGACGUGGGCCAUUUUAUGUUAAACCUUUACAUGCUGGUCAAUGCCUUGGUAGAUGCGGCAGCAGUGGCAGUGGAGAAGGAAAUCAAUAA